UGGAAGCUAAAUCCAAAUCCAUCAAAAGUUUUCAGAAGGAACGGGAAGAACAUUUCGGCGGAUUGAGGAAGAAGACGGAGAGAGAGUGUGUGUGUGUGUCUGUGUGUGUUGAGGAAGAGCUUGAUCUUUGAUAAUGGCGGAGGUAUCUGAAAACGAGUCCUCUUUGGCCUCACAGCAUUCUUCCGUUCACAAGAAACCGGAUGAUGCCGACAUUAAAUCCCAGGCUUCAGCCUCUUCUGGGUUUCGAGCUUAUCCAAAUGGUGAUUGUCCGAUGUAUCCUGUUUGGUAUCCCUUUCUCUCUCCUGGAAUGAAUCCGGCACAGUAUGAGGAACAGCCGAACCGUGGAGCUGGCAUAUAUGCGGUUCAUGUUCAUCAGUUUCCGGGACUUGGUGUUGGUCUUCCAUCUAACAACCUUAUCCCGCUUACUUACAAUAUCCCAACUACCAGGCCAAGCGAUGAGGCUGGGGCUAGGGGUGAUGAACAAGUACAAGCUGGGCAACAACAACAACAACAGGGUCAGCAGCAACAACCUGCUCAUCAAAGACAAGCCGUUGUAAGAAGAUUUCAGAUUGCGUUUCAGCUUGACCUGUUACUCAUUCUCAAGCUCGCUGCUGUUAUCUUUUUGUUCAACCAAGAUGGAUCAAGACAAAGGCUAGCCGUUCUUGUGUUUUUCGCCUCAAUUAUCUACUUAUAUCAAACUGGAGCUCUUGCACCAUUUGUACAAUGGCUGUCACAAAGCAUGCAGAGGGCAGCAGCUCCACCACGGCAUCAAAGGCCUGCUGUAAGAGAUGAUAAUGAUCCAGCUGCCGCUAGGCCACAGAAUGAGAAUGCUGCUCCAGAAGGACAGGUUAGAGAAGAGAACGAAGCUCAGAAUGCGGAUAACGGGAAUGGAAACCGAGCAAAUCAGAAUGGAAAUGUGGUUGAACCAGAAGCAGGAAACCACUGGUGGGGAAUUGUCAAAGAGAUUCAGAUGAUCGUCUUUGGCUUCAUAACCUCGCUUCUACCCGGAUUCCACAAUCUAGAUUAGACGGGUUUCCGCCCUUUUCUUCAGACUGACAUCUGAAACUAAAGAAUCGAAGAAUGUCUGGUCUGGUUCGAUAUCUUAUCUGGAACAAAGUAUAUAAAUGUUACCCUUUUGAAUUACAAAAAUGUGCCAGUGCCACACAUCAUAGUAUAUGUGAGCUGCACUCUCCCUGGUUGGCCCCUAGCCUAUUAUAUUUGUUAUUUUAUGUUAA